AAUUCAAAACCAAAACAUUGCGAUCACUGCCUAACAUAGUCUCCAGCAGUGUUAUUAUAAUGCUGAUAUUAUGUAGUUAUUAGUUAUAUUACAUCAAUAUCUUAUAAACAUGCGAUAAGAUAAUACUCAAGGUCACUUAGUUCAUGUUGUUUUUGACGGUUUAAUAUUAUACAAUACGAAAAUAAGUACUGAAAAUGUCUUUAAGAACUUUGCUAUUCAGGAAUUUAUUACGACAAAAUAAAGUAACAAAUUUUACACCAAUAGUCCUACAGGCGAAAUCAUAUAGUAGAAAUGAAAGACACAAGUGGAAUCCAAAAAGAGACACUGCUAUAACACUGCUAGCUUCGAUUGCAGUGAGCUCUGCUGUGAAUGAUGACCAAAAGAAAACCAAAAAACAAGAUAUUGUCGAAGCUGGGGAUAAAAGACCUGACUUACCAACAUUCAGAGCCGAAGAAGUUAGUAAACAUGACACCAAAAAAAGUUUCUGGGUGAUAUACAGACAUGGUGUGUAUGAUGUGACAUCAUUUUUACCCUCUCAUCCCGGUGGGGAACAAAUAAUGAAUGCCGGUGGCCUCAGCAUAGAACCAUUCUGGAAUGUUUAUGGCAUGCAUAAAACCAAAGAAAUCUUUGAAAUUCUUGAGUCUUAUAGGAUAGGUAAUCUUCAUGAUGAUGAUGUAGCUGAUCACAGUGACGACGAACUAUGGGCGAAAGAACCUUACCGAGACAAACGACUCAUUGUAAAAACUGCAAAACCGUUUAAUGCAGAAGUACCCCCCAAAGUUCAAAUAGAACAAUUUAACACGCCAAACGAGGUAUUCUACGUCCGUCAACAUAUGCCAGUUCCAGAUAUUGAUGUGAAAGAACACAAAUUGACAGUGACCAUAGUGGGUAAAAAUACAAAAGUCAAGGAAUUUACAUUAGAAGAUUUGAAAAAGUUUAAGCCCGUCUCUAUUAAUGCAGCGUUGAUGUGUGCGGGAAACAGGCGUAGUGAGAUGAAUAAGCAGGUGAAGCCGGUGAAGGGGCUGAGCUGGACAACGGGUGCCAUUAGCAACGCCGAGUGGAGUGGCGUACUACUUCGAGAUGUACUGAUGCACUGCGGACUUGAUCUUAACGACCUGGAAGGGAAGCACGUCAUUCUGACGGGCGCCGACACAGAUGCAACGGGAGUACAGUUUUCCACAUCACUACCGCUACAACAAGCACUGGGCUCCGUGUUACUCGCCACGCACAUGAACGGGGAUCCACUUCCGCCCGACCACGGCCGCCCGCUGCGCGCCGUAGUCCCGGGCGCGCCCGCCGUGCGCAGCGUCAAGUGGCUGCAAUCAAUCACAAUAUCAACUGAAGAAAGUUCUUCACAUUGGCACCUAAAAGAUUAUCGUUCUUUCAACCCAUCAACAACGUGGGAAACGGCGGACUUUUCGACCGCUCCGCCUGUUUACAGUCUACCCGUCACGUCUGCUAUCUGCGACCCGGAGGAUGGUGAAACGGUUAAAGUUAAAAAUGGUCAUAUCGAAGUUAAAGGGUACGCGUACUCAGGCGGUGGUGCCAAGGUCCUACGUGUGGAUGUGAGUGCUGAUGGAGGCCGAAGCUGGCGAGAGGCGCGUCUGAGGAGCCAUCCCUCGCCUCCCAACCAACAUUACUCCUGGACUCUCUGGACCAUUGAUCUUCCCACGCGAGGGGAUAAGCAGAUGGAACUAUGGGUGAAGGCGACAGAUAGUAACUUCAAUACUCAACCGGAGAAAUUCGACGACAUCUGGAACAUUCGAGGAAUACUCAGCAACGCGUACCAUAAGAUCAAGAUUAAUUUAAAAUAUUAAUACUCAAUUAAAAUUAUAUGUGGAACAUUUAUGGGUAAAUAUCUACCAGGGGGGUACUCACUUCCUCCUUUUUUAUAUCAUGACUUUUGACCUUUAUUUUUUAAAGAAUAAAAUUAUUUAGUGUUGUAUGUGCUUAGGUGUAAGAGCCAAGUAGUAAUUUAAAAGAAAUUAAAUUACAAAUUAUAAUUCUCAAUAAAUAUUUCAUUUUUUGUUAUGAA